UCCAAAGCUGAGAAUGAUAUAAAAUCCCAAAAAAUCAAAUCACUCGAGUCUAUGAUCAAGAUAUUAGAAGAUAAGUUAUCUUCAGCACAGAAAGAUGUGAUUUCGAUUCAAAGUGACUCAUCGAAAAAAGAAACUGAGAUCGCGUCACUCAAAUCCAAAAUAGCUGAAUUAGAAAAUAUAAAGAGCAAAUUGGAAGAGGUGAAGCCUCGAGACUAUGUCUUAUCAAAGGUCAAUGAG